AUGCUGCUUGCAUAUGUAGCUAUGCCACGCUAUGAAGGCCCACAAAUUGAUACAGUGAUUGUAGAGAAUGAUGCCAAAGCUCUAUAUAAAGCUGGGGAGAAGAGGAUAGGAACAAAUUACAAGACUUUCAUAUGCAUUUUCAGUGAAAGAAGUAGGGCACAUUUGGCUGCUGUUAAUUUUGCUUACCACAAGAUGUACGGACAUUCAUUGGAAAAGGCAAUAAAGAAGAAAACAUCUGGGAAAUUUACAUAUGCCCUUUUGACAAUCUUGCAGUGUGUUGAGAAUCCUGGGAAGUUCUUUGCGAAGGGAUUGCACAAGGCAAUGAAAGGCAUGGGAACUGAUGAAACAUCGCUAACAAGGAUAACAGUGACAAGGGCUGAAAUUGAUAUGCAGUAUAUAAAGGCAGAGUACCACCAGAAAUAUGGGAAAUCAUUGAAUGAUGCUGUCACUACAGGAAAAAGAGGAUGUGGUGGCGUUUUUAUAGCGACUGUAAUGUGUUUUAAAGUUGUAGUUUGGAACUGUGAAUUCUGGUGUUUUGAUACUGAUAUGUUUAUGGAGGGGUGUUUCAUGUUAAUAUGCAAAUACAGUAAUUCUUGUGCUGCUAUUAAGAUUAGUGAGGGAUGUAGAUAUUCUAACUGUAUUGUUGAAUGUGAUGAUGAUUUGGAGAAUAUGCUGUCAAUGGUAGGUUGUAGUGGUUCUCAUGUUGUUAAUGUUGUUAUGGGUAAUAAGAGAAUUAUGGAGGUUGAUGAUGAUAAUUCUCGCAGGAUUGAUUCUGUAAUUUGUGAGAGUUCUUUGAUUAACGAUUGUGAUGAUUUUGGUGGUUUGUUGCCUAGUUUUUAUCCAGAACCAGAGUGA